AUGAACGUGAUAGGCCAGAGAUUUUCGCACCAGGCUUCAGCAUUGGAGGAGUUGGCAUCUGAAGAGGACCAGUUUUAUGCCAAGGGAGUCACUUUGAAGUUGGCUCCUUCGUUGACGCUUCCUCCAAUAUCGCAACCAACAGAUUUCCUAAGAGCCCAUACCGAUGAUUCGAAGAACCCAGACUGUAAGAUCAAGAUUGCGCACGGUACAACGACGCUGGCGUUCCGUUUCCAGGGCGGAAUCAUUGUUGCAGUUGAUUCCAGAGCCACUGCUGGUAACUGGAUUGCGUCCCAGACAGUCAAGAAGGUGAUAGAGAUCAACCCGUUUCUGCUGGGUACCAUGGCAGGUGGUGCAGCAGACUGUCAGUACUGGGAGACCUGGCUGGGCACACAAUGCCGCUUGCACGAGCUAAGAAACAAGGAGCGAAUCUCCGUUGCUGCUGCUUCCAAGAUUUUGGGGAACCUGGUUUACGAAUACAAGGGUAUGGGUCUUUCGAUGGGAACAAUGGUUUGUGGAUACACGAAGAAAGAGGGUCCUACUAUCUACUAUGUGGACUCUGACGGCACUAGAUUGAAGGGCGAGAUCUUCUGUGUAGGAUCGGGCCAGACGUUUGCAUACGGUGUGUUGGAUUCGAACUACAAAUGGGAUCUGACGGUGGAAGAGGCUUUGUACCUGGGUAAGCGCUCGAUUCUCGCUGCCGCACAUAGAGAUGCCUUCUCGGGAGGAUCUAUCAAUCUAUAUCAUGUGACUGAGGCCGGAUGGGUGUUCCACGGCAACCAUGAUGUCGGGGCUUUGUUCUGGGAGAUCAAGGAGAAUGAGGGAUCGUUCAACAAUGUGAAAGCAUGA